UAUAUACCAUAGUACAAUUCGGUUGUGAACAUUGACUCAAGUAACUGCUGUCACCAUGACCUCAGUGUACAAUUAGUGUACAAUUCGCUUGUGAACACUGACUGAAGUAACCGCAGUUACCGUAGCCUAAGACCGGUUCAACUAUACAAAGAUUCAAGAUGGGAAUUGUGUGUUGCCAAAAUCUUCUGGUGAUAUCCACUGUUGAGAAGAUAUCUGAUAAAUAUUGAUAAAGUGACACAAAAUCAGCUGGGUUAUUAGCAUAACAUUCUAAAUAAUUAACUGUGAUCAUGGAUAGAGACGAAAUAUUGCGUCACGUUUGCGAAGUAAUGACAAGGGUUUACGUAUAUUCGUAUAAAGACGAACUUAAUGAUUCCGAAGACGAGUGUUACCUUUCGGCGACGGAGGACGGGGUGCCAAUCCGAAAACUCUUCAUCGGCAAUUUGGCACAAAGAACUACUGUAAAAGAUCUGCAGAAUGUCUUUUCAAAAUAUGGCAAAGUUGACAGCUGCUACCUCAAACGAAACAGUGGAAAAAGUAAUUACGCUUUCGUUACAUUCAGCACCGUUGACGAUGCCAUGAAAGCCAGACGAGAUGGCAGUCGGAAAGAAAUUCAUUUACACAAUCGAGAUCUAAGAGUCAUGCCAGCUGACUCAUGGCAUCAGCCAGAUAGUGUCGAAAACCAACGAAAAGUUGCAGCUAGAAAAGAUAAAACACAGCAACACACAGAAACCAAUGACUGUCUCUUCCAACCAUACAUACCAACUAAAGAUUCAUUAGAAGAUGAUGCUCCAAUACAUAAAUUAAACGAUGACUGCCUAAUCCAUGUGUUUCUUCACCUGCCAAUUACUGAUAGAGUAAGAAUUGAGAGAGUUUGCAAGCGGUGGCAUGCUGUGAGCCUAGAAUCUUGGCGGGCAGUGAAAAGAUUAGAUUUAUCACUAUCUGCUUGGGGGUAUAUUCCGGGUAAAAGGGAUCCAAGCAUCGAUACUCCAACUUUACGCAAAGUGCUAUUACGAUGUGGUCAUUUCUUGAAUCACAUUGAUUUGUCCCAAAUAUCGCACAGACUACGUCAAAGUACACUGACUAUCAUUGGCAAGUUCUGCCCUAAUCUACAAACUAUAGAUACUACGUCACUGAAUGUUUCAUCAGCAGGCAUCGACUCGUUGACUAAAAAUUGUGGAGAUAUAAGAAAACUGGUUCUAGGAUCGUGCACAAGUUCGUGCGACAAUGAUUUGAUUAAAUUGUUUUCUAAAAAUAAAAAAUUAAAGUCUCUCAAAAUAGUCCAAAAUUCUUUACUCACCGGCAAAUGCUUGGUGCACCUACCGGCUGAUGGAAUUGAAGAAAUUUCUUUGGCUCAGUGCAAUGCUGUCUCAUCAUGUAGUUUUUCCAACGCCAUUGCCAAGUUCUCCAACCUGAGUUCGUUGUCGCUCAACAGAUGUGUAAGUCUUUGCGAUUAUGCAAUUUGGGCAAUUGCUUCUCGUGUGGACAGCUUGAAGGACCUCGAACUGUGGGGGUACUUUCCGUUACUGACUACAAAUGCAAUGUCACACGUGGCUAACCUGGUUAAUCUGGAAAGGUUGAAUGUUGGAUGGAAUCCUGUAGUAACAAAUAACUUCCUCCUAGCUGUUGCUGCUCAGUGCGUGUUACUCAAACGCAUUGACUUAACUGGCUGUAACACUGUAACGGAUGAGGGUAUUGCUGCAAUCGCAUCGCUACCCAAGUUAAAUGAAUUGUUGAUAAGCUAUAUGGGGCACGUGUCUGAUGAUGCCCUACCUCACAUGCAUCAGUUGAAACAUCUUGAAUGUCGAGGGUGUCCUCGUCUUACCGAUUCUGGCACAUCGGCUCUGAUUCAAGUCUGCCCACAACUUGAACUGCUUGACUUAUCGGGAUGUGAUUGCAUUACAAACUCAACUUUAGAAGUAGCUGUUAAAGCUACUAAGGUGCGAACAAACAACUCGAUACUCAAAAUUAUAGUCGGAGGCACUGGCACCGAUCUUGAUGAGUUGAUUGAGAUAUCUCCAUUGUUACAAAUCGUAAAUGUUGAUCUGUCUCAUACUCAUAUGAGGCCCGACUUUGAUCAUGGUCGCUACUUUCCUUCGGAGGAUGAUGAUAGCGACAAAGACGAUUUUUUUUUUGAUUUAGCAGACGAUAGAAAUGCUUGGGAUGAUCAGAACGAUGAAUUUUUUGAUGACUGCGAUAUCUGAGGAGAAGAGAAAAUUAGUUAAAACUGUUGAGUAUAGCAAGUUUCUAAACAUGUUCUACUUACGUAAAGUGUAGAGGCAAAAUGUAGACAGCUGAAUAGUUCGAACAUUCUGCACUACGCAAAAUUAUUCAAUUAAUUUCGCUAGUGUUAUAAUUAACCGUUUUUUGUAGCAAAAUUUACUACUAUAACGGUGAAAUAGACGAGCGCGAAUACGAUUUGUGUCUUCAAGUGUGCUUAAGUUACGUGCAUUAUUCCCAUUUACAUAGUUAUAUUAUUUCAAACACAAUUAUAGCAAAUUGUACUAAAAGAAGUGUACUACCUGGCCGUCUAUACAAUCAAUAUUCCAAUCUUGACAACUUUAAAUUUCUUCAUGUACAGGAAUACCUAUUCAAUGGAAUUUUUACAACAAUGUUGAUACAAAUAUUGAAAACUAUUUCUUCAGUCUCAUUACCUGUUUGUCACAUGUCAGUGAUUACAUAAAUGAAAAUUGUCCAAAAUUUUAUAUACCUCAUUUUCGUUCUCAUACACUUUAAAGUGACAUUCUAAUAUAUUACACUCCGGUAAACAAGUUGAUUUCAUAAUAGUCUUCAACAACAUUCUAGAAAUUCUAUAUGUAAAGCCAAUUUGAUUCAUAACUUAAGUUUGUAUUAUACUCGACCCUGACAGUUGUUUAUUUGAGUUCACAAACUUGGUGGUAAUAACAGAAGAUUCAUAAUUAAUAUUGUCAUUUUUCUUACAUGUAUAUUUCUGAGUGCGACUUAUUUUUAUUACUACGAGAAAAAAAAUUUAUGAAUAAAAGAGUCACUGUACUA